AUGUCGCGCGGACGCUCCGCCCCCAAGCAAUGGGCGGAGCAUCCUCGCAGCAUCUCAAUAAAGAGGGACGCAAAUGGAGGUGUCUCCAUUGCUGAUCGCCUUGCGGGUUACAUCGUUAUGCCGCCGAAGCCGUCUGCAAAGGGAGCGAAGAAGUCCGCGAAGACACAGAAGUCCAGCCGUUCCGGGGAGAAGAAGAAGAGAAGCCGACGGAAGGAGAGCUACUCGGUCUACAUCUACCGUGUCCUGAAACAAGUCCAUCCUGAUACCGGUGUGUCGUCGAGAGCGAUGUCGAUCAUGAAUUCCUUCGUGAACGACGUUUUCGAGCGUAUUGCUGCUGAAGCGUCACGGCUUGCCCAUUACAACAAGCGUUCGACGAUCUCUUCUCGUGAAAUCCAAACUGCUGUGCGCCUGAUUCUUCCCGGAGAGCUCGCUAAGCAUGCUGUGUCCGAGGGGACAAAGGCUGUCACCAAGUACACCUCUAGCAAGUAG